CCUCCUGUUUGAUGAUUCCCCAGUUCCCACAAUACACUGCGGAGAAGAAUGGCUGACUUUGGCCUAGGAGUGUCUUCCAAACGAGAAUGAAUGUGCUGUUCCUGCGCCAUAUCGGCUGACAUUCCUUAAAUACAUUGUUCUGUCCGAGUCUGUGAAGUAACUAUUACAGAUUAUGUUUCUGUAAUCGCGCUGUGAGGAGCCGACGAGUCCCCGCGUUUAUCUCUGUGAAUAUGUUGAAUGCACUACGUUAACUUUAGACCUGCAGCAAUCUGUGAGCAGCACCUUCCUGUGAUAACUUACCAGAGCCAACAUGGCAGGAGUUGCAGCCAAGCGUGAGGGACCACAUUUCAUCAGUGAAGUGGCUGUGAGGGGCAACGCCGCCGUGCUGGAUUACUGCCGCACCUCUGUAUCCGCUCUGUCUGGGGCUACAGCUGGCAUCCUCGGGCUAACCGGACUGUACGGUUUCAUUUUUUAUUUCCUCUCCUCGUUUCUCCUCUCUCUGCUGCUCAUUCUCAAGGCCGGACGGCGUUGGAACAAAUGCUUUAAAUCGCGGCGGCUGCUCUUCACCGGAGGCCUUGUUGGAGGUCUUUUUACUUAUGUCCUGUUCUGGACUUUCCUCUACGGAAUGGUGCAUGUGUACUAAAAUGAUCUACAGCAAAUAUCCCUGAAUUAUUUCUGUCUAAUCCUACGGAAACCAAUAAAAUUGUCUGCCAUGCUGUUUGUAGAUAAGCUAUUAUUGAAAGACUUUUGAUUUUUCCAUUAUGUACUGUUGAUAUAUUGGAGGAUGUAUCAAUACUAACCAUAUGCAGAAUAAAUGGCCCCCUUUUCGUCCUGCUCUGCA